AUGAUCAAAGAUAAGCUGUUUGAUCGAUUUCCGAUGGAUGCUGUCUAUGCAUUACAUAACGGUCCACGUUUACCCGUUGGACAAUUCGCCAUUCGAUCGGGUCCAAUGAUGGCAGCAGACGACACUUGGGUUGUUACAUUUCGAGGUACCGGUGGACAUGGCGCUGUACCACACUUAGCUGCCGACGUGACCGUGUUGCUAGCAGAAUUUAUUCUAUCACUACAGACAAUAGUUAGUCGAAACAUUGCACCGACAGAUGCAGCUGUGAUAAAGUUUCGUGUUGGUGGAACUGCCCGUAGUUUUACGAAAGACGUGCGAGAUACAAUUGAACGUCGCAUGAAAGAGUUGGCACAUGGUCUUGCCACUAGCUUUGGGGGCACAGCUGAGGUGAUAUUCAAUCGAGAAGGAAUUCCGGUUGUCAAUGAUGUUCGAUUCACUGAACGAGCAAUUAGAGCAGCUGAAAGUCUCGUAAGAGCCAAAAACGUCUAUGGAAAUAUGCCACAAAUAAUGGCUGCAGAAGAUUUUGCUGAAAUGCUCGAACGAAAACCAGGUGCUCUUAUGUUUAUAGGAAAUGGAAAUCAAUCUGGUGAACUUCAUUCUCCAACGUACAAUUUCAACGAUGAUGCUCUUAUUUUUGGUGUGGGAUUUUGGGUCAGUCUAGUACAACAAGAACUCCAUCAUGACCUUCGUGUAUCUGCACUGUAA